CCCGUGGUCUCGUUCAUUUGUGCGCGACUUUGGCACCAUGGAGGGGACCCAAGAAGCUCUGAGUGGGAAAAUGCGGCUCCUUUUCACCCCUGCUGCUCGGACCAGCCUUAUGAUGCUUAGGCUCAACGAGGCGGCGCUACGGGCACUGCAAGAGUGUCAGCAGCAACAGGUACGGCCUGUGAUCGCUUUUCAAGGCCACCGAGGGUAUCUAAGGCUUCCAGGCCCUGGAUGGUCCUGCCUCUUCUCCUUCAUAGUAUCCCAGUGUGGCCAAGAGGGCACUAGUGGCGGCUUGGACCUUGUGUACCAACGUUUAGGCAGAUCUGGGCCUAACUGUCUCCACUGCCUGGGCUCACUGAGAGAGCGACUCACUAUUUGGGCAGCCAUGGAUACUAUCCCAGCCCCACUGUUAGCUCAUGAACACCUGACUGAAGAUCCCAGAGAGUCCGAGAGUUGGCAGGACACUGGAGAUGCUCCUGAAGGCCAUCCCCAGAUGGCACUAGAUGAGGUAUCUGACCCACUGGCAAGCAACCAUGGACAGUCACUCCCAGGAUCCUCCAGUGAGCCCAUGGCACAAUGGGAAGUGAGGAACCACACCUCUCUUCCAAACAGAGAGCCGGACCAACCACCGCCUUCCCCUGCCAACCUGAAACGCCUGGACAAGAAACGGUCAGCACCUAUAACCACUGAAGAACCAGAGGAAAAGAGGCUCAGAACUUUGCCUCCUGCCCCAAGUCCACAAGGGCUAUCAAAUCAGGACUCCCAAGAGGGAGGAAACUGGGUGCAAGAUGAAGAUGGAGAUGAAGAUUCCAGGCUGGAGCAGAGUCUCUCGGAUCAAGCAGCCUCUGAAUCCCCAAGCCCCAAGGAGGUACCAGAUUAUCUCCUGCAAUACGGAGCCAUCCACAGCACAGAGCAGCAACAGGCCUACGAGCAGGACUUUGAGACAGACUAUGCUGAAUACCGGAUCCUGCAUGCCCGUGUUGGGGCUGCCAGCCAAAGGUUCACAGAGCUGGGAGCGGAGAUCAAGAGACUUGAGCGAGGAACUCCAGAACACAAGGUGCUAGAAGAUAAAAUAGUCCAGGAGUAUAGAAAGUUCAGAAAGGUAAGACAGGCUGCAAGCAAUAAGCGGUGGGGUGGAAGCCGCUUUACUUUUUACAAGAGUGUUUCUCUCUGCAGCGGUACCCAAGCUACCAAGAGGAGAAGCAUCGCUGUGAGUACCUGCAUCAGAAAUUGUCCCACAUUAAAGGUCUCAUCCUGGAGUUUGAGGAAAAGAACAGGGGCAGCUGAAACCAUGCAGAGGACUCUCGAGCCUGUGCCCAGUGAUGAACAAAACAGCUCUAAGGUGGAGCAGCACAUCUGCUUUUCCGAUUUUGACCCUUCCCUCCAAGGUGGCAAGUAGAGUCAUGCUAGGUUCUUGCAGUUUGUUUUUUGUUAUUGCCGUUAAUUUUGUAGGGUGUGGGCAUGGAGUCAAGUCUCCUCAGCUGUGCCCAGGAGACUAGAAAAGUAGCAGACGCUUGGCUUCCUCAACUCUACUUCAGCUAAGCAAGUCAUUUUCUGAACCUGAAAAAUGACAUUUCCAGAUCGACACACAUUUUGAGAUUAGACAAGUGAGUUUAGCUAAGUGGCCUUACAGGAAGAAAAUGAGAACUUCUGGUGUCAUAGCAUACCUAGAUGUAAGGGAAAGGGCUUGGCAUUACUCACGUACUGUAACAUGGAUAAAAAUGAAAACCAAUUGCUUCUGUCUUGUGUGAUCAUUAACCUUAAUAAUCAUCCAAGGCAGUGCUGUGUAUGUGACUUUCUCUGAGGCUCUCUGAAAGACUGAAUCCCCAUGUUCCAGCCAAAGCAUUAUGAAAUGGGAGUCUCCAUGGUUAUGGUCAUCUUUACUGUGCUAGAUACAUGCUCCUCCACUAAACAACACUAC